AUGCUACAGUUACAGACACAGCCCCCGCUGGCGCAGCCUCUCUGAUUCUCUCUCUCUCUCCGCGUCCAGCGCUGGGCUUUUUCAGACAAGUGCAUCUGCUAACCAGGUCACAUUUCAGCCACGACCCACCCUCCGUCAGUCACUGGAAUCAGACAGCAGGAGGAGGGCUGAGGAGGACCGCAGUGCUUCGCCAACCGCGCGGUGGAGGGAAGGACAUCAAAUCCUGCUGAAGUCCAGAUCCCCCUCCCCAGGUCCAAGGCCAGACCACGAUGCGCGCUCCGGGCACCGGGCGGCUGGCUCUGCCGCUGCUGCUCCUCGCCGUGGCCGCCUUGGCUGAAGGCGACGCCAAGGGGCUCAAGGAGGGCGAGACCCCCGGCAAUUUCAUGGAGGACGAGCAAUGGCUGUCGUCCAUCUCUCAGUACAGCGGCAAGAUUAAGCACUGGAACCGCUUCCGAGACGAGGUAGAAGAUGACUAUAUCAAGAGCUGGGAAGACAAUCAGCAAGGAGAUGAAGCCCUGGAUACCACCAAGGACCCCUGCCAGAAGGUGAAGUGCAGUCGCCACAAGGUGUGUGUCGCUCAAGGCUACCAGCGCGCCAUGUGCAUCAGCCGCAAGAAGCUGGAACACAGGAUCAAGCAGCCUUCUCUGAAAUUCCAUGGAAGCAAAGACUCCAUCUGCAAGCCCUGUCACAUGGCCCAGCUAGCUUCAGUCUGUGGCUCCGAUGGCCACACCUACAGUUCUGUGUGUAAGCUGGAGCAGCAGGCGUGCCUGAGCAGCAAGCAGCUGGCGGUGAGAUGUGAGGGCCCCUGUCCCUGUCCCACGGAGCAGUCUACUGCGCCUUCCACCGACGGCAAGUCAGAGACCUGCACUGGGCAGGACCUGGCCGACCUGGGGGAUAGGCUUCGUGACUGGUUCCAGCUCCUUCGUGAGAACUCCAAGCAGAACGGCUCAGCCGGCAGUGCAGCUAGCCCUGCAGGGUUGGACAAGAGCUUGGGGGCCAGUUGCAAGGACUCCAUCGGUUGGAUGUUCUCUAAGCUGGACACCAGCGGAGAUCUCUUCCUGGACCAGACAGAACUGGCUGCCAUCAACCUGGACAAGUACGAGGUCUGCAUCCGCCCCUUCUUCAACUCCUGCGAUACCUACAAAGAUGGCCGAGUCUCUGCUGCUGAGUGGUGUUUCUGUUUCUGGAGGGAGAAGCCCCCCUGCCUGGCAGAGCUGGAGCGCAUACAGAUCCAGGAGGCAGCCAAGAAGAAACCAGGUGUCUUCAUCCCAAGCUGUGAUGAAGAUGGCUACUAUCGGAAGAUGCAGUGUGACCAGAGCAGAGGUGACUGCUGGUGUGUGGACCAGCUGGGCCUGGAGCUGACCGGCACACGCAUGCACGGGAACCCUGACUGUGAUGACAUCGUGGGUUUCUCCGGGGACUUUGGAAGUGGUGUCGGCUGGGAGGAUGAAGAGGAGAAGGAGACAGAAGAGGCGGGCGAGGAGGCCGAGGAGGAGGAGGGUGAGGCGGGCGAGGCAGAUGACGGAGGCUACAUCUGGUAGAUGGCCCUCGACGGCCUCGGCAGGCCAGGGUGCCGACGGCCAGAAAGACAGGCCAGAAGAGACCUGGACAAUGGCAGGCGACUUAGCAAAUGGAUCCGGAAGUCAGUACGAAGGACCCUGGCUCCAGUGGGGAGGACUGGAGAGUGUAGCGUGUGUGUGUGUGUGUGUGUGUGUGUGUGUGUGUGUGUGUUGUGAGUCACCCAAAGGCCCAUAUGUUAUUGAUUUUCAAAUGCACACUUUCACACAUACGGACGCACUAACAGACCAAAAUCAAUGAGAUGAGAUGUCCCUGAUAACCUGUCCCUCAGCCCGACACAUGGAAUCCCUGCCUUGCUCAGUCAACCCUUUCCCCUUCCUGCCUUUCUGCCUUCCUCUUCUGAGGCCAGAGGGGGUGGGGGACAGGAAGCUGAAAACUGAGCAUCCUCCCCAAAUCGGGCCGAUUCCAUAUGAAAGCCACCAUGGUCUUGUGGUGAUGACCUGUACACACAGCCAGGCUUACCCUUCCGCUGACAUCUGAAGAGCUAGUCACAGGUGUGUCCAGCCACGGCCCUGGGCCUCAGAUGGUUAAGGAUAGCAGUAUAAGUAUGUGGCCCAACACAAAGAGGUAAACUUAAUUAAAAUUAGGGCUCUUUGUUGCUGUUUUUUUUGUUUGUUUGUUUGCUGAUAACUGGGUUGAGGAGUUAAUACUCUGUUGCAAUGUCAAAAGGCUGGACACAUCUGGUAGAUUAUCUCCUAACCUAGUCCUGAGUAACCAGAGAUAGCCCAGCAGAAUGGGCAGAAACCGUGAGGCGGAGGAGGGUCGGGCCCUUGAUGCCAGGCCUCAGAUUAACCCAGUCGGUCGGCACCUGUUGCCUCACGGGGCUCUAGGCUGAUUUCUGUCACCACACAGUUGAGCGUUGGUGCAGCCUGCUGAGGGCUUGCUGCUGUUACCUCUGCUCCCUGGCGAGGGUCCCUCUUAUGCUAAGGAGCAGAGGACCAGAAAACAGCACAUGUCUGCCCACCUCCUCCCUGACCGUCUCGGAAAUGAUCCCCUCUUGCCCAGACCAGUAGAAAGCUCCGUCCCUGAGGUCCUGUGAGGAAACAAAGGUCAGCUGUGACUUCCUGUGCCCAGAGAUAGUCCUGGAGGAGAGGCCCCAAAGCCUUAGUCCUCUGGACCAUGACUUGCCUCUGUCUCAAGGGUCCCCAAAAUGGCCCUAGCAGAACUGCACCCCAGACUCAAUUCAAAGCCCUUCAGCAUAUAUGAAUAAAUAACCGCGUAUCAGAGGGGACCACCCCGGGCAGCUGGGCCCUGAAGCCAUCAGCUCGCUUUCAGAACUCCAGGCCGGGUGGGAGGGGCUUUUACCCGGAUGCCCUACGGGGUCUCAUGUGUUUAUUUCUCUCCAUUUCCCCUUCCCCAUCUCAAAGGAAAUUCCUUAAAAUAGCUGAUGAAGAAUUUUUACCUGGACCUGGGCCUCUGUGUGUGUGUGUGUGUGUGUGUGUGUGAGAGAGAGAGAGAGAGAGAGAGAGAGAGAGAGAGAGAGAGAGAAAGGAAAGAACACCCGAGGGCCACCCUGACGGCUAGGGAGAGCGAGGACAGCCCCCUGUGUGGCGGAAGGCUGGGAAGCUACUACUGAGGACCUUGUACUGAGACUUCCAGGACAAAGCCCCAGCCUGGCUCCCUCGGCCUCUCAGGGGCCCUGGCUGGCUGGUUACAUCCACUGAGUAUCGGUUGGACUUUAGGGAAGAGCCUCCUUCCCGUUCCUUUCUGACACCCUGGAAUGGCCACCUUCCUUGUCACCUCCUGGCGGAGAUACGGAAAUGCCACUAAGCCCCUUAAAGUGCUUCUCAUUCCACGGCACAGCUCUGACUCUCCGGUGACUGUCACCUGACCCCAUCCUCCUCCUCCUCCUCCCUCCCUCCCUUCCGCAGGCCUCUACAACCAUCCUCUGGUCCCUGGCUCAGUCACAUCAGCCCUCUGCAUUCUAGAAGCAGCCAUCCCUCCCCCUCCUCCCCCUCGUCCUCCCCUUCCCCUCCUCCCCCUCCUCCUCCAGCUGGAGUUACUUGAAACUUCCUGCUCUCGCUAGGAUGGAGUCUUAUUCUUCCUCUGCCCUAGCUGGAUUUCCAGAACAUCCCUUGGUAGCUGUGAAGGAUUUUAGGCUUUCUGGGGUGGGGUAGGGGGUGGUGUAGAGGAAGGAGCAACCCUUCUUUCACCCCGCCCCGCUGGGGGGUUCUGUGCUCUGUGUGUCCCUGGAUCUUCUGGGUUUUGUAUCUGAUGCGGUAAAUAUGUUUUAGGAAGAAAGCAGGUGGUGUGGAACUGUGGCAGGCCUCAGGGGUCCAGAAGUUUGUCCCUCUCUAAAAACGUUCCCCUUUCAUCCCACUGAGACCGUGACCCACAAAGAUAGGCAGAACAGAUGUUCCUGGUGGGGCUGAUGGGGCCCAAGUAGCUUCUGGUUAAGCAAGUUUCGGGUUUCCUCAGGAGCGAGGUCACAGGUCAGAUUAUUGUCAGUCCUGCAUCCCCAUCCUUGAAUAAGCUGCCUGCCUGCCCAGUUCCUCCGUGCUCCCCAGUUCCUCCGUGCUCCCCAGUUCCUCCAUGCCCCUGCCUGCUCCCGUUCCCUUGCUGUGGGCAGGAGAGGUGGGGCUGUGUUGGCAAGAGUUCAACCAAACUACGGCAGCACCACAUCUUGCUGAGCCCUGGAGCUGCCCUACUUAGAGCCUCCUGGGAGGUAUGGUAUAUGUUGGGGCGCUGGGGCCGUUUGAGAUUGGAAGGAGUAAAUGUGCCUUGGGAGGCCACUCGGAGGUCCGGAGUAACGGGGGCGGGGCUUAGCCUUGGAGCCCGGUCCCGGAGUAACGGGGGCGGGGCUUAGCCUUGGAGCCCUGGCGGGAAGCAAAGUUGGUGAGACAUCUUGAGUUCUUCCCAGUGUGCCACAGGAGUCGUGACCACGCGUGAUGGGUGGGCACAGGUCCGUCCUCCCCUGCUUUAGAUUGGGACCCAUUUGGCCUUUCUUGUGUUUUAUCUGCUUUCGGCUUCACCCCAAGUGGGCACGUAGCUGGGGUCCCCAAAGCCUGAGCCCAAAGCCCUCGUGGAGAACCAUCUUUGACAUCUGGGUCAUCACGAGCCCUCCUGCCUGCUGUUGUCCCAGGGAAGGACCUCGGGGUGCAAAAGGAGAGCUAAGACACCCGUACCAAGUCAGGCAGCGCAACCCGCCUCUCAGCCCGUGCCCCACUUAAACUGUCCGAUGUGUAAUCCCUGAGCUUAGAGUUAAACAUUGUGGUCAAGUGCUUGGGUUCCGUCUGUAGAUUUAAGUGCUGACGUUGUAUCUCUCAGUAAUUUUAGAUGUCUCUUAAAAAACAGAACAAGUGUUAGACCCGUGCGUGCGUGCGUGCGUUGGUGGGCACUCAAGCAUCCUGUGGGUGACCCCAUUCUCUACCCUUCCUCUGCGCCACGCCCCCCUCCUGCCCCACCCAUCCCCAUCCGCCUCCACCCGGGGCCCCUCACCUUGCUGUGGUCUUUAUCUGCCUAUUAUUCAGCCUAAGGAAACAAGUUCACUCUACACACGCAUAAAGGAAAGCAAAUGUUAUUUUUAAGAAAAUGGAAAAUAAAAACUUUAUAAACACCA